CCGCCUGCCACCGCAACGCACCGCGCGUCUCAUUAAACCCUCCAUGUCAGCGGGAUGAGGUCGCGACCUGCGGGACAUCACAUAUUUCUUUUUGCGGUGUCCUGUGAAAUGGUUCCUGGAUCGUGCUGCAGGAUCUGGCUUCCUGUCACAGGAAAUAAAUAAGAACUAAUGCGACGGCUGCAGGUUGGGCUGCAGUGUCACAGGCAGGACUGGGAUUUCUGACUGCAGACGGUGGCCCAACAUGUCCAGCCCGCUGCAGCGCAUGGAUGCUCAUCAUCCACUAGAGGACGACCGCAAAUUCAAAUGCAACGAAUGUGGGCGUGGCUACAGACACGCCGGCAGCCUGGCCAAUCACAGACGGACUCAUGAAGUGGGUUCGUUCCUGUGCUCCAUCUGUGGGAAAGAAAACUGGAACGCUUCGGCCAUGAAGAACCACCUGCGCAGUCACGCCUCGCUUAGGAAGUACUCUUGCGCCGACUGUGGGAAAUGUUUUCGUCUGGCGGCGCAGCUGCAGACACACCAGAAGACGGUUCAUCUGCCUUGCAGAUCCUCACAGGGCAGCGAAUGCGACCAGCAGCCUGAACGUAAGGAGGACGCAGACAUCGCUGCGAUUCUCACGUUGCAGCCGGAGCGCUGCAGCGUGGCGCCAAAGAGACCCUUUCAAUGCGACCAGUGUGGGAAGUCCUACAUCCACCAGCGCAGCCUGACCAAUCACAAGAAGAGCCACCAGCUGGGCGUGUUUGAAUGCACCGUCUGCUUUAAGCUGUGUGGCAACAUGGCCGCCCUCUACAGCCACCAGAGGAUCCACAGGAUGCGAGGCGAGAUGGAUCAGAGCACAGCUACCAGGUCAGAACCGGUCCUGUUCGAGAACCAGAAACGGGACACUCUGGAGAAUUUCUGCCUCCUGUGCCAAGAGUUUUUUCCUGGAAAUAGGGAAUUCCAGGAGCACAUCCGGCUGCACAAGUCUUCGCCUGAGGAGCCUGAUGUUUCCCUGCCGGAGUCCAGCUUCAAUCCGUCUGCUGCAGAGGUUCUUCAGAACUUUGAUCUGAGUGGGUUUGACGGUACGGAUGCAACAGACGUUGCGGUAAUAAGCACAUCACAGAGCGCUGUAAAAGAAGAAACAUCCACUCCGGAUCCCGAUGAGAGACCCUUCAAGUGUCACACCUGUGGGAAGAGCUACCGUCACUCCGGGAGCCUCAUCAACCACCGGCGCUCCCACCAGGUGGGCGUGUUCCGCUGCGCCGUCUGCAGGAAGCAGUACCCCCACCUGGCCGCCCUCAGGAGCCACCUGCGCCUCCACCGAACGCGGCGGCCAUCUUCCCGAACGCGGCGGCCAUCUUCCCGAACGCGGCGGCCAUCUUCCCGAACGCGGCGGCCAUCUUCCCAACAGCCCGCAGAGCAAGGCUGGCUCUCCCCGGAGCCUGUGAGCCAGCAGACCCAGACCGGGUUUGGAUCAGACCAGGAAAACAUGGCCGCCGUCAAUCCUGGCGGCGAAACGCUCUCCACUGAGGGUUUCUGCUCCCAGGUUGCCAUGGCGUCGCAUAUGUGCGCGGACUGCUGCGAGACGUUUGAAGACGUAGCCGGGGUCAAAUCUCACAGCUGCAUCCUGCUACACCAACACACACCUGCGGACCAACCCUGCAGCUUAACCUUUGACCCCAGGGACGCCCAAAGCUCAGAAACAACAGAAUUCAGCUACUUUGAGCAGGGUUGCCACGGGAACAGUGCCGGAGAAGACGAGAAUCCCGACGAAGACGAUGACUACGAGUGCUCAGUGUGCGGGAUCAGCUACAGCAGCAUGGCGGCCCUCAGGAGCCACCUGAGGGGCCACACGCGCUCCGAUGGCGCUCCGCAGGGCGCCGACCCCCUACAUCCAGAGUCUGGGGAGAUGCUGAUCUGCAGCAGCUGCGGCGUCUCCUGCAUCAGCUACAGUCACCUCAGCAGCCACGACUGCGCAGCCAAGCAGGAAGUUGAGGUCACAGAGGAGGAGGAACUGAAGCCCGGUGGCGGCGGCGUGGAGCGCCAGCAUCGCUGUGAUCAGUGUGGGCGGUCGUACCGCCACGCCGGCUCGCUGCUCAACCACAAAAAGUCCCAUAAAACGGGCGUGUUCAGAUGCUCCGUCUGCCAGAAACGCUUCUACAACCUGCUGGCGCUGAAGAACCACCAUAGGUCACACUUUGACCUCAAAAGGUUUGCCUGUCAGGAAUGUGGAAAAGCCUUCAAGCUCCAGAAGCAGCUGCUGAACCAUCUGAGAAAACACAAACAGAACCGACCGGAUCGCUCAGUUCCUGCACCUGAACUGAGCGAUCCGGUCCCGGAACUGAGCGAUCCGGUCCAGGUUGUCCGGCCAGAGAGGAGAUGCCGGCAGGCGUCUGCACCGGUAGGCGAGAGACGGCCGUUCUCCUGCGACCAGUGCGGCCGGACCUACCGCCACGCCGGGAGUCUGGCCAACCACAGGAAGUCCCAUCAGAUGGGCGAGUUUUCCUGCAGCUUCUGCAGCAACAUUUACUGCAACCAGCUGGCCUUGAGCAACCACCUGAGGAUUCACCUGGCCAAGAGGCUCCUGUGCCAGCGCUGCGGCAGAGGCUUCAGGGGGCCGGCGCAACUGCAGGCGCAUGUCUGCGCUGCGCUCAGACAGAACGCCGUCGCAGGCCGGCCGGGCCUCAGGUGCAGAAAGUCCUCCGACCAGCAAGUGGCGCCCUCCUACGAGGAAGAGGAGCGGCUGUUCAGGUGCAACCUAUGCCCCCGCAGCUACCGGCACGCCGGCUCACUGCUCAACCACAAGAGGGCGCACCAGACGGGCGAGUUCAGCUGCACCGUCUGCGCCAAGCGCUUCACCAACCGCGCGGCGCUGCGUGGCCACGCCCGCAUCCACAGAAACAGGAAGUACGAAUGUGCAACGUGCGGGAAGGCCUUCCGCCGCGCCAGCGUCCUGCAGAACCACCAGCGGCUGCACGGACCGGCGCCGAGCUUCCAGGAUCAGACCGGCCUGACGGGGCAGCGCUGCCUCAGGGGUCAGGAGGUCACAGCGCCCCCUGGCGUCCAGGAGGAGACAGGACAAAAAUGCUUCAGGUGUGACCUGUGCGGUCGCUCGUACCGCCACGCCGGAUCGCUGCUCAACCACAAGAACAGCCACAAGACGGGCCGCUUCUGCUGCGUCGUCUGCCAGAAGGAGUUCUCCAACCUGAUGGCGCUGAAGAACCACCGCCGCAUCCACACUGAGCCCCGGCGCUACCAGUGCCUGACCUGCGGCAAGGCGUUCCGCGUCUCCACGCAGCUCGUCUGCCACCGCCGCAUCCACACCAAGGAGAAGCCCUUCGACUGCCAGCGCUGCGGGAAAACCUUUUCCAGCAAGUCCAACCUGAGGCACCAUCAGAAGCUGCACCAGAGCGCCUUCCUGUGACAUCAUGCUGCCAAACAUGACGACAGGAUGAGGAUUACUGCAGACAUGAAUACAUCAUACCUCACCGCCGCCAUCUUGGAUGUGGCACAUGGAGCGGUGGAACAAGAUGGCCGAUGUUUUGCAUUACAGAGCAGAUCCAGUGACGUGACCGUUCACAGGUAAGAAUGGAAACGUGUUUAUGAUUGCAUGUUUAGAUGCAAUAAAAAAGUGCAUUUCUGCAAAAACACUGAGAAAUUUUGAGAUUAAUCUUCAUUUCAGGAAAAUAACUAAAAUUUUCUAGAAGAAAAAACAAGAACAUUUGAAAGCUGAAAAAGUUUAAAAUUUUUUCAGAAACAAACUUCUGAAAUAUUUCAGAUUCAUUUCUGAUGUUUUCUAUAAAAACUUUCAAAUUUCUGAUUUUCAAAAGUCAAAAAUUUGCAAGAAAUUCUAACAUUUUGAGUUUUGUGUCAGAAACUUUAAAGAAAUAAACAAAAAAAUAUCUUAGCCCUAAAAAUGAAAAAUUUGUAAGAACAAAACUCAGAAUUUUUGAUAAAUCUUAGAAAUGUUCUAGAAAAAAUAAGGAAAAUUCUGAGUUUCAAAAGUUGAGAAUUUUCAACUUUUAAAACUUGAGAAAGUUUGGUCCAUUUCAUUGUCCAUGGCAGGUUUCCACAUCCAACAUGGCGGACGCUGACGCAUCGCAGCAACGGGUCGACCCGCAGCGUCUUUAUGUUCGUGAUAUUUAUCCUGCUAUUAUUAAUAAUUGUAAGCAGUAUUUCCUCAGAAAGAGUUCUAUGGCGUUCAGAGACGUUGUGGUUCUGAAGGUCCGGUCAGCAGGUAACAGAACUGGAUCUGAACGUUUUCAUAUCCUGAAGAACCAAAAUAAAACCAUAAACUCUGUUCAUAACGACGGUCAGAGCAACUAAAUACCUCCUGGGUUUGGAUGAGAUCCGGAGCCAGAAUAUUAACCAGUUCUGCUCAUAUUAAUAACCGGUUUACAUAUCAGGGUCACUGCAGACAAAAAUGAUGAGAAAACGUCUCAGAAAUUUGCAAGAAAAAAUCACAAAUUUAGAGAAAAUUUCUCGACUUUUGAAACUAAGAAAUUGUUUUUUUUUUCUUAGAUUAAGUUGAAAAUGUUUGACUUUUCUGGUGUGAAAUUGCUCCUUUUUUCCAUCUGCAGUGUCCCUGAUUCGUACUUUCUGCCUAAAUGGAUGUAUUUGAUUAUUUAUUGCUGUAUUAUGUGUUUAUUUUAAUAGAAAGUUUUCUGACUGCUGUAUAUAUCCGGUAGCCUUUAAAACAUCAGUCAGAUAAUGGUGAUGAUGGUGAUGAUGAUGGUGAUGAUGGUGAUGAUGAUGAUGAUGAUGAUGAUGAUGAUGAUGAUGAUGAUGAUGCCCUCUGAAGGAUCAACCUGACCUCUGGUGAAGAUGCAUAAAAAUCCUUAAAAUCCUUAUAAACUGUAACAAAAAGUAAUAAACUGUAAUAAACAGUAAUAAACAGUAAUAAACAGUAAUAAACUGUAAUAAACAGUAAUAAACAGUAAUAAACUGUAAUAAACUGUAAUAAACUGUAAUAAACUGUAAUAAACAGUAAUAAACUGUAAUAAACAGUAAUAAACAGUAAUAAACAGUAAUAAACUGUAAUAAACUUCUCAUAUUGAUACUUGCAGCAGGCAUAUGUUGGCUAUCAGUUGCCAUGGAGACUGAGUUGCCAUUUUUAGCUUCGCGCACCGAGCCAGAAAAAACAUGGCUCCUCAUCCAUACAUCUGUGUCGCGUCAUAAUUAUUCCCCAGGAAAACAAAAAGUCAUGGAUUAUUAGUCAGAUGUUAUUUUAGAGGAUCAAGUGAAUUUUGCCAUUUAAACUAAACUUUAGUUUCACUUUCAGGUGUUUUAUGUUCUUUUCCAGAGAUGUAAAGACAUAAAACAAUGAAUGAUUUAUUUCUUCACUCGUGCCAUUUCAGAUGUGUUUUUAGCUGAAUCCUGAUGCAUUAUGGGAACAGAAACCUGGUUGUAUCCCAGCAUGAACUCCUUUUAUUUUAACUUUAAAUUAGGUUGGAAAAAAGCUUCAGCUCUUUUCUGGGUUUUUUUAAUUCAUGCUUUAAAAAUUUUUGACAUGAUAUCAAACAAAAAUGUUCUCAAACUGUUUUAAUUCUGUUUUUUUAAUAUGUUGCCUUUAUAUGUGAUUAUUUCAUGAUCUCUGACCUCAUUUAUGGAAUACCUCAGAAACCUGUUGCCGUUAGAAACAGAAACAUUGAGACUCUUUGGUUUGUGAUGCGACUUCCUGUUUAUAGAAAUGUGUCCUGGGGACAGGAAGUUCAUGGCGGUUGGGUUCGGUCCAGCAGAGACAGGGCAGCGUUGGGUUGGGACAUUAUGACUGUGUUUUGUUAUUAUACUAUAUGCAGGUUGUAAAUUCUGAUGAAAAUGUUGUUUGGACCUCAUUUAAUGUUUCUUCAGUGGGAGAAAAAUGAAAUAUCUAAUAAAAGCAACAUUUACUGAA